AACCGCUGGCGCUGCGGGUCACGCGCACUCCACCCCGACAGGAGGCGCGAAAGAACAAACUCAGAAUAGAUUCUGACACACACGCGUGAGUCCCGGCUUGUCAAGUAAAAUUUUGUCGGGUUUAUAUCAACGUAUUUAAUGAUGGAUAAGCGGAUUAAACGGCCAAGAGAAGAUGAAGAGAGUGUUGUCAAUCUGAAGCAGGUUUGUGGUGGAGAGUUUUGGCGCUGGGACGUCGAUGAAACGGGCGCGUAUCUGCGGAGAGAAGGACUCGAGCAAUGGGAGCAGAAAUUCAGAGACCAUGGCAUAACAGGGCCAGGACUGCCAUACCUUACUGAGGUGAUUUUGGAGAAGAUGGGUAUUUCCCCUCUGGGAUCACGCCUGCAAAUCCUCCACUGCCUUCAGAAACUCUGCCAAAUCUCAAAUGAACACAUGAAGGUUUUCAAUGACCCCAUCCAUGGCCAUAUCGAGCUGCAUCCUCUGCUGGUCCAGUUCAUAGACACGCCUCAGUUUCAGAGGCUUCGCCACAUCAAACAGCUGGGAGGAACUUACCUGGUCUUUCCUGGGGCUUCCCAUAACCGCUUCGAGCACUCGAUCGGGGUGGGCUAUUUGGCAGGAUGUCUAGUCAAGGCUCUCCAUGAAAGACAGCCAGAGCUCUUCAUAACAAAGCAAGAUAUACUCUGCGUGCAGAUUGCUGGCCUGUGCCAUGACUUGGGUCAUGGCCCGUUUUCUCAUAUGUUUGAUGGCAUGUUCAUCCCUAAAGUUCGACCUGGUGAGAAAUGGAAGCAUGAGAUUGCCUCAGUCCAGAUGUUUGACCACCUGGUGAAGGUUAAUGGUCUUGAGAAGGUCAUGAAACACCAUGGGUUGAGACUUCCUGAUGACCUUAUUUUCAUCAAGGAGCAGAUCGCCGGGCCCCUGGAUAACUCUGUCUUGGACCGUUCGUGGCCAUAUAAAGGCAGGCCGAUGGAGAAAUCAUUUCUCUAUGAGAUUGUAGCAAAUAAAAGAAACGGGAUAGAUGUUGAUAAAUGGGAUUACUUCGCAAGGGACUGUUACCAUCUUGGAAUCCAAAAUAACUUUGACUAUCAGCGCUUCCUCAAAUUUGCACGAGUGUGUGAAGUGAGAGGAAAAAAGCACAUUUGCACCAGAGACAAGGAAGUUGGCAAUCUCUAUGACUUGUUUCACACUCGUAACUGCCUCCAUCGCCGGGCGUAUCAACACAAAGUGGGCAACAUCAUCGAGACCAUGAUAACGGAAGCCUUUGUAAAGGCUGAUCCUCACAUCCGAAUCCAGGGCUCUGCUGGGAGGUUUUUCACAAUCUCUUCGGCUAUAGAAGACAUGGAGGCUUACACCAAACUCACAGAUAAUAUAUUUGAACAGAUCCUGUACUCAUCUGGGCCGGAGCUAUCUGAGGCUCGAGCCAUCCUGCACAACGUUGUAUGUAGACAGCUGUAUAAGUGUGUGGGUCAGACCACAUCGGAGACGCAUGUGGACGUGUCACAGAAAAAACUGCUUGACUGGGCGAAGGAAGUGGCCCAAUCCAAACCCAGUGGCACAGAUGGCAACCUAAUAGCUGAAGACUUUGUAGUUAGUGUCAUUCACAUGGAUUAUGGAAUGAAGGAGAAAAACCCCAUCAACAAUGUUCACUUUUACUGUAAGAAUGAUCCCACCAAAGCCAUCAAGAUCCGCAAGAAUCAGGUGUCCAAACUCCUGCCGGAGCAGUUCGCUGAGCAGCUGAUCAGGGUGUACUGUAAGAAGACUGAUGACAAGAGCCUAGAAGCUGCUAAAAAGUACUUUGUUCAGUGGUGCAUGGACAAGAACUUCACUAAACCGCAGGAUGGAGAUAUAACUGCUCCAGAGCUCACGCCACUCAAACGAGACUGGCACACACUAGAAUGGGACGACGAUGGCAAUGGCAGCGAUGACAACGGCGAAGGCAUGCAUCCGGGAAUUAGAGAUGAAACUCCCAGGAAGACUGGACGUAAUGUAAAAGUGAAUCUUUUUCAUGCUCAGGGACAAAACAACCUCUGAAUUACUGGCCUUGGCUCUCAGGGAUCUCAAACAGCCAAGCUUUUCUUAUUGAGGAUAUUUGUAGUGAUCAGCAGAUGCUCAUUCAAUCAUUCAAAGUGUUUUCAAAACUUCAUUUAAAUGGUAUUUUUUGGGUUUUAUUUUCAGCUUUAACAUCAUGUUCUUUAUCAGGGUUUUAAUGCUGCUUUUCCCUCUGACACUGAGACGCUUUAUCAUUCAGUCCAGAAUGAACGAUCAUGUCUCUCUCCGCCAUCAUACUUGAUGCAGAGGGAAAGUUAAAUGCUUUUUGGCAUUCUUGUGUUAAUUUUUAUUUAUUUGAAGCGUUUUAUUAGGGACUCACUGUUGUUUCCAUUUGCUGAACAGCCCCCAGCUCAAUCUGAAUCUGCUCAUUUUCAUUAUACUGGGUCUUUUCUCAAAUGUGAUGACAUCUGAAAUAUAUAUACUUCUCAAAUAUAGAUAUAUAUAUAUAAAUAUAUAUAUUUUUUAUUCCUUGAAUACUUUGGAUAACAGUAGUGGGUGUUGGUGGUGUGACCAUAUUUUCUUGGAUCUUAUUUCAAAUGUUCUCUUCUUAUCAGUACAGAAAACAGGCUUUAUUGUAAACUGAAAUCUCCAUGUAAACUCAUUUCAGUCUGUUGAAAAAAUAUUUUAUCACAUCAAGUCAGUUUUACUGAAAAUAGUGACAGUGCAUGUUGUGUGUGCAGAUUUUAUCUAGUGUUGAAACAAUGCAAACUCAAUCUCAGAAUUCCUCCACAGCAUGCAAAAAAGUGUGGUUUUCCAGCAAAAGGAUUAAAAAGGCCAUGCAAAGAAACAUAGUCUCACUCUUCUUUGGCAGGCUGUGUGCAUUUGUAGUGUUCUAUAUUUAUUUUCAUGAUAUGAUUAUGCUAUACUUUUGCUUUGUGUGGUGUAUGUAAAAAAAACAGAAGAGAAGAUUGAGAUCCAGUAAAGGACUGAGUGAGAUGAAUAAUGUGUCUGUACCAGAUUUGGCAGUAAAAGCUCUGCACUUA